AGGGCAAAGCAAACGGCGGUGGAGCCCACUCCUCCUCCCCAAUCAUUCACUCCCCGAAGCAAGAACUCACCAAACCCUCUCAAGAUCUCAGAUUUCCGCCACCCCAACGACCGCUACAAUGCGGCCUCCCUUCUUCACGGCCGCCGCCGCCGUUCUGGUCGUCCUGAGCCUCUUGGGCUGGGGUUUGGGGGGCUGCCGUGGCCGCAUCUUCAGCUUCGAGAUGCACCACCGCUUCUCCGACCCAGUCAGGCGGUGGUCCCAGUCAGCUGGGAAGCUGUCUCCAGCUUGGCCCGAGAAGGGGAGCUACGAGUACUACGCGGAGCUCGCCCGCCGUGACCGGGCAUUUCGUGGCCGUGGGCUGGCGGAGAUCGACUCGCCGCUCGCAUUCUCUGACGGCAACUCGACAAUUAAGAUGAACUCCCUCGGAUUUCUACAUUACACCACGGUGCAACUGGGGACGCCGGGAACGAAGUUCUUGGUGGCACUUGACACUGGGAGUGAUCUCUUCUGGGUCCCCUGCGAUUGCAGCAGAUGCGCUCCUACUGAAACCUCGACUUCUGCUUUUGAUUUUGUGCUUAGCACGUACAAGCCGGAAGGAUCGUCCACGAGCAAAAGAGUCACUUGUAGCAGCAGUCUGUGCUUACACCGUGAUAAGUGCCUUGGAACAUCAAGCAGUUGCCCCUACACAGUCUCAUAUGUAUCGGCCGAAACCUCGACAUCUGGGGUUCUAGUGGAAGACGUCCUUCAUUUGACAACAGAGGGCAGUCAUCGGGAAUCUGUCGAAGCAUACAUAAUGUUUGGUUGUGGACAGGUGCAGACUGGUUCAUUCCUAGAUGUUGCAGCCCCCAAUGGUUUAUUUGGCCUUGGGAUGGAGCAGAUAUCAGUUCCCAGCAUUCUGUCCCGGGAAGGUUUCAUGGCUGAUUCUUUCUCAAUGUGCUUCGGGCGUGAUGGAGUUGGGAGGAUUAACUUUGGGGACAAGGGCAGCAUUGACCAGGAUGAGACCCCCUUUAAUUUUAAUCCGUUGCAUCCAACAUAUAACAUAAGCGUGACGCAAAUUCGUGUGGGCAUGACAAUGAUUGAUGUUAAUAUCAGUGCUCUGUUUGAUUCUGGAACCUCUUUUACGUACAUGGUAGAUCCUCUCUAUUCAAGACUCGUGAAAGGCGUAAGCACUUGCCUUGAUGAACCCUGCAGUUACUCUACUCGUUUAUGCAAUGCAAAAACUAAUGCCACGUUCAGUAUAAGGGAUAAUGAAGUAUUUCAUUCGUUGCAGUUCCACUCCCAAGUCCAAGAUAGGCAGCGCCCGCCUGAUUCGAGGAUUCCUUUCGAGUAUUGCUAUGAUAUGAGUCCUGAUGCAAAUUCCAGUUUGAUUCCAAGCUUGAGUUUGACAAUGAAAGGUGGAAGCCUGUUUGAAGUACAUGAUCCGCUGAUAGUCAUCUCAACUCAGACUGAGCUGGUAUAUUGCCUGGCUGUUGUCAAGAAUGCAGAAAUGAACAUAAUUGGACAGAACUUCAUGACGGGUUACCGCGUAGUAUUCGACCGAGAAAAGCUUGUUCUUGGAUGGAAGAACUUUGACUGUUAUGACAUGGAGGAUCUCCAUAAUUCUUUAUCCAUUGGACCACACAACACUACCGUUCCUCCUGCCAUUGCAGCUGGGCUCGAUGAGAGCAGUAGCCAUAAGUCGGCAGGACGUGAGAUUGCAAACGGUUCUCAAAGUUCGUCUUCUGCAAAAAGGAUGACCGCUCGUGAGAGCUUUAUUAGAUACUUCCCGAUUGUAUUGCUUACUAUAUGGCAGACAAUUUUAUCCAUUGGUUUAUCGAUUAGCAGUGAUACCUCUUGAUCUUUGGUAGGACUUCUCGUGUAGUGUGAUAGAUAGGCCGUCUUUGGCUACUCUCGAUUAUCGAUCGAGCACUUAUCGGAAUUUAGCUUAAGCAUUGUGUUUGUAAAUUCUGUCCGUUUAUGAUCAACAUCAAUCUCCCUUGCCCAUGGAUAUAUGUGAAAUGAUCUCAAAUUUCAUGGCAA